AUGAAGCUCCUCAGUCUCACUGUUGUCUGCCUCCCUGUCGUGUCAGCGAAUUAUCCCUGGUGGACAAAAGGUGGUUGGGCCAAGCCAGCCGAUUUCACACCAAGGAGUGUGCUGGUAACCCCAAUACUCAAUACUUCUGUGGUACGUUGUCCGGCACAAGAGGCGAGAACCCUGAACCAAAUUCAUUUCCUUGGAGGCGCUAUCCUUGUGCUUUGGCAGACACUCAGGGACGAGGAUGCCACUGGCAGGGUGCUGUUGGAAGUGUAA